UAUAUCUUAUAUCCAAAAAUCGACCUCCUACAUAUUUAUACUUUUGAAAUAAAAUGAAAUAGAAACCGUCUGCUUUGCAACUUGUUGCGUAUACGCGCGCUUUUGUGCUACUACAACUUGUUCUUGUGCUUUAUGAUGUCGUGACCCGCGGGCUUUUGUAUUUUUGUCUGACGGUCGUCGCACGAUAUGUUCAGAGAACAGGUGUAGCCGUUACAAGUAUUUAUUUAUAAACACGUGUGUAAACAAAAGCACUUGCCUAUUACAUCUGGCUAAACAUGAACAAAAAUAACAGAUCCGGAGGUGUGAAAUUUCGCGAGCUAGAAUACAGUCAAAGUCCCGCAAAGAAUAUUCAAGAUAAAAACAAUGUGCUGAGGUGCAAAGAAGAUAUUCUUAAAUUGUUUGCCAAGCCGAGCCUCGAAAAUGAUUCCUCGAAAGAAAACAGUGUCGAAGCUCUGGCCGAAAAAAGUAGUCAGGAAAAUGUUGCUAGUGUCGGAAAACGGCCACAGAUGAAGCCAAGGAUUGAUAUUAUUCGAGAAAAGCCGAGGCUUGCUGUGGUUCAGUCGAACUUCGUUGAUUCGUCAGCCAAAGCACUAAGUCCUUCCAGUAACAAAAAGAUAUAUAAUGUUAUGAUUGGCAAGAUAUCCACUAGAAAACAUAAACAGUGGGACAGCGAUGGUCUUUUAGAAGUUACUGGAACAAGUGCCGUGCUGAAGGAUGCAAAAGGUAAAUACAUUGGUAGGACAACAGUCAAGCCGGAAACUAUUGAAGAAGGGUUCAGAAUAUGUAUGUCAGGAAAAGAAAUUGAGAUUGUAGAAUUAGCUUCAUUAGAUGAUAUUCAAGCUAGACAAGGUUCUGGUAACCAACAUGAUAAUGACAGCUAUGAAAGUGUAGCACCACCACCAGCUAAAAAGGCGAGAACAACAAAAGCAUUUGUCCCUGUAAAAUCUGGCAGUAGUUUGCACUUUAAUUAUGAACCCCUUGUAAUGCCACAUCCACCUCUUGACUUUGAAUGGUCUCAAGACCGAGAUGAACAAAAAAUACACGAAGUCUCGGUUGAUGGCUGUUUGGCCUCUGUAUUGAGACCCCAUCAACGCGAGGGUGUGGUAUUUUUAUACAAGUGUAUCAUGGGCAUGAAUGAUCCGAAAUUCAAAGGUGCCAUAUUGGCUGACGAAAUGGGUUUAGGAAAGACACUGCAGUGCAUUUGCCUCAUUUGGACUUUGUUGAAAAAAGGUCCAACUGGAAAACCAGUUUUAAAAAAAGUGUUAAUCGUCACUCCCAGUAGCUUAUGCGGAAAUUGGAAUAAAGAAUUUGGCAGAUGGCUAGGAUCUAUGAAAAUAUCUCCUUACGUGGUAGAAAGUAAUAAACGAAAAGUUAAAGACUUUACCAAAACUCCAAGAGCCUGUGUCAUGAUUGUUAGUUACGAGACUCUUGUAAAGAACAUCGACGAUGUCAAGAAAGUAAACUUUGAUCUAAUGAUUUGUGACGAGGGUCAUAGAUUGAAAAACAGCGAAGUUAAGGCGAUUAAGCUUCUCAGCAAACUGAACUGCCAGAGGCAAAUUCUCCUGACUGGAACCCCCUUACAGAAUGACUUGCAAGAAUUUUACACACUCGCAAAUUUUGUGAAUCCUGGCAUACUUGGCAGCUUCAGCGAAUUCAAGAGUUACUACGAGCAUCCGAUCGUUAAUUCCAAGCGUGCUGCGGCUGACGAAGAAGAAGUCGCGAUAGGCCAGGCCAGAGCUCAAGAGCUUCACGAGAGAUCAAAGACUUUCAUCCUUAGGCGCACAAACAACUUAAUCGACAGAUAUCUGCCAAAAAAGCACGAGCUGGUUGUAUUUUGCCGGCUGACACGCGAGCAAGAAAAUCUGUACAGUUUGACAACAGAUUAUUGGUUCAAUAGAUCACUUAUUGGCGGAUGUGUGACAGCGCCUUUGAUUGUUGUCAUGGCACUUAAAAAAAUAUGCAAUCAUCCUUAUUUGUUUACCAGUGAAAAGAAUCAGAUUUUAGACGAAGUUUUGCCAAAUGUUCCAACAAAUUUGUCUUCGAUAAACACAUCGUUGGCGUAUUCUAGCAAGUUUAAAGUUGUGCAGUCAAUUUUUCAAGAAUUAAAAAGUACACAGGAGAAAAUCGUUCUUAUCUCGUACUUCACUCAAACUUUAGAUCUGCUGGAAAAAAUCUGUUGCUCUGAGCAGUUACAAUUUUGUAGAUUAGAUGGAAAUACACCUGCAGCUGCGCGCAAUAAAAUCGUUGAUCGAUUCAAUUCCAAGGAUAACUCUUGUACUCGUGUGUUCUUACUGAGUGCAAAAGCAGGAGGCGUUGGAUUGAACUUAGUCGGCGCUUCAAGAUUAAUUUUAUUUGAUUCCGAUUGGAAUCCUGCAAAUGACGCUCAAGCCAUGGCUCGUAUCUGGCGAGAUGGUCAAAAAAGAUCAGUAUACAUUUACAGGCUUUUAACUACUGGUACAAUAGAAGAAAAAAUUUAUCAAAGGCAAAUUAACAAAAUGGGCUUAAGUGAUGCUGUGAUAGAUGCCAAUUACUUAUCUUCUUUGAAAUUAUCCGCAAGUGAAUUAAAAGAUUUAUUUACGUUGGAUUCUCAGACUUUGUCAGUUACCCACGAUUUAAUGGAGUGCAUUUGCAAUGGUUCGGGUGAUAUACCUUGCAAUGAAGUGACAGAAAGUCAGCAGUCAAAUUCAGAAGAUUCAAGGGACUGUCAGUUGGCACUCAAAAAAGCACAACCUCAACAUCAAAUAACAAUAAACCAGUUGCUUAGUUGGCAGCAUUUCAAGCAGCCUGUUUCUUUAGAUUUACUUAAGGAAUUAAUGUUACAACAUGUUCAACAGUAUGUUACAUUUAUUUUUAAAAAUACAGUAGAAAAGUGAAGCCAAUCAUCGUCGCAUUGGCUAUUGUAACAAGCCACGGAAUCCUGUUGAAUUUUUCGACAAUAUGAAAUACAUAAAAAGUAAGCAAUAUGCCAGUAGUCCAGAAUCCUAUCAUAGC